AUCAGUGAUCGCGCUAAAGUUUAAAGCAAAACAUUAAUUUGUAUCGAAUUAGAUAACAAUUUCAUAGGUCAGGAAGAAGAAAACGUGGAUUUUGUCGCCUACUUCCCUGAGAAAACCAAAAUGGCAAUGCGCAGACUUGCCAGACUGACAGAAGACCAAGAACUGAAGGAAAAACUCGCGAGGUGUAAUUUCAGAACUGUCAAGGAUGUGCUUUCUUUGUCGCCUCUGCAAAUUAUGUCCGCACUCCAGUUAAGCUCUGAAGAAUGUGAAGCUCUUUUGGAUCGACUGUAUGCAUUAUGUGUUCCAAAGUACCAGUCGGCUUUUACCCUGAGCCAAGAAGAAGAAAAGUUCUCACUAUCUUUAGGAAGCAACCAACUUGAUGCAAUGUUGCAUGGUGGGCUUCAUGCUGGCACUGUGAUUGAAUUUGCAGGACCAGCAGGAGUGGGUAAAACUCAAUGGUGCCUUCACACAGCUGUUCGGGCAGUGCUGUCCGGUGAAAGCAGUGGUCGGAAUACUUCAGUUAUAUACAUCGACACAGAAACAGCAUUUAGGGCCGAGAGAAUUGUUGAGAUAAUAUGCAAGAGAUAUCCUGAAUCCGAGCCAAGAAUCUCGGAAUAUUUAUCCAAGAUCUUCCUCUACCAGCCAUCUACAAUCAGCAACUUGUCACAAAUAUUAGAAACCCUAGAGGUUACAGCAGUGGAAAAGGAUGCUGGGCUGUUGAUUGUGGACUCCAUAGCAUCCCUGGCUCGCAAGGAGAUGAUGGCAGGAUCGUCCCAGGCAAACAUAGCUCGGGUCAACCAGCUGGCGUCUUGGGCUGCGAGACUCAAGUCGAUUGCACAGCAGCUCAACAUAUGUGUUGUUGUUACAAAUCAGGUAACCAGUAGAUUCUUAGACAAAGAACCCAUGAUCACAGGAGAAGGAAAUGAAGAUGAGGCUGAGACUUCUGUUUCCACAGGUGCCAAGGAGCAUAUGUAUUCUACACACAUAACGCCAGCACUAGGAAACACCUGGACACACUGUGUUAACACACGUCUCAUUCUGCAGUAUGACGGAUCCAAUAGCAGACAGCUUAUAAUAGCGAAAUCACCUGUUGCCCCUUUUGCAGCGUUUACCUAUAUUAUUGGAGCAGGAGGAAUAGAAAUCAAAGAGAGCAUGACAAUAUACUCUUACACCGGAGCAGAUCCUGGGCUUCACAAAAUACAGGUACAAAGGGGUGUUGUUUUGUAACUACAACUGUAUUUUUAUGAGUAUUGUGAAUAUUAUACUUGUAUCAGAGAGGUGGGAUUUAUCUGAUAUAUUAAUAAAUGUGUAUAUUUUGAGUAUAAUAUUGAUAUUUAUGUAUUUUGUAAAUUUAUUAAUCCAUUUGCACUGGGUGUCACGUAUACGUCACAUGCCCACUGUGAGUUUACUUGUUUAAUUGUUUUUACACAUAGAUGGCUACAUUUGUACUUGUAUUGCCUGUCUCGCCCAUUUACCCUUUUCUUUAAUUUACGAAAAUAUUUUAUGUCAUCUUAUUUUGCUGUUACUAAUGUUUAUAACAUCAUAGUAAUUAUAAUGUUUAUAAUAGAAAUAACCAUCGAUAUUCAUAUCACAAGUAAAAAAUUAAUUUUCCCGUCAAAUGAAAUCAGGUAAGGCAGAGUCAUCUAUAUGUAGAGACAUUUCACAAAAAGUAUAAACAAUGAGCACAGCAUUUUCCCCAUUUUUUGUUCAUUUUUACCCAUUGCAAAUGGGUUAAGAAAGUCACAGCUAUUAUUUUCUUUUUUAUGGGCCCAAAAUGUAUAGAAAGUCAUGCUUAUUCUUAGAAGAAUCAAGAAUAAGAACUUAUGGAUGGAUUGUUUUGACAAAAAAUAUACUUAUUUUGUUACACAUGUUUUUUUUUGUUGUUGUUGUUGUUCUUGAAUUCACUAAUAUAUAUUCUGAUUUAAAGCAGAGAGAGAGUUUCUGUACAUAAUAAUAUAGCUUUUAUCAGUUCUGUAGAUAAACCAUUAAAUAUUUGGCAUGUAAAUGGCAUUAUUGCUGUGA